UCUCAGAAGACUCUCAGGCCUCUUUUAGGCUUUUAGGUAGCUACAGAAAGCAGAUUACAUUCAAAGUCAAUCAAGCCCUAGGCUACAUGUCCUGGGGCCACCCCUAAAAAGAAAUAUCUUGUCCAUACCAGUUCUAUCUGUACCCACAGCCAGAAAUUGAUCUGGAAAUGUGCCCAGGGCCUGGAGGACCUCAAAAGAGUCCCACCAAGCUUGACUACACCCAUCAGGUUUGGCUGAGUGGGUGUGUUCUUUGCGGUGAGAGACACUUGAAAGGUACGUCAGGAAAUAUGUCAUAUUGUCAUCACUAUGACAUUACAAGAAUUACAAUCAUAGCUUACCUCGUUAUAUAGGCGGACAACCACAUCUUUUGGCUCAGUCUCGGCUUGUUGGGAAGCAGUCAACUAUGAGGCUCCAUUAUCUGCUAUUUGCAUUCCUCAUCUUGUUCUUGGUCCCUGCUCCAGGGGAUGGAUUCAUCGAGAAAACCCUCCGAAAGUUAUUCUGCAGAGUAAGAGGUGGCCGGUGUGCUAUGAUCAGCUGCCUUACAAAAGAAGAACAAAUAGGUAAAUGUUCUCAGAAAGGUCGAAAAUGCUGCAGAAAGAAGAAAUAGAAGAUCCAGAUUCAGGCUGAGGAUGUCAUCAUUGGGGGGAAUCCU